GACCACGGGGCCCCAAGGUCGGGAAUGAAUAGGAGCGGAGAGACCGCAGCUCCUCGCGUCCGGGAGCACAGCCCUGCGCUGACAGCCCGGCACCCGCCCGCUAUCUGCGCCUCGACGGGACCCUCACACCGCGCGGCCGCUGUCCAGCCUGGGGCGAGCCAGUGGGUGUGAGCGUUGGGGGCUGGCCAAACUUCCUGUCCCGCGCUGCCGCUGCUUCCGGCGGGAGCCGGAAGACGCUGUGUGUGGACGGAAUUCGGGACCGACUGACGGCUAGCCGGCUGCCCGGGAAAGGAAGGCUCAGCACAGCAUCUUACAGGGAAAGCAUAGCAUUUCUAAAGGAAUAUGAGCAUAAGAAGAACGUGUCAUUGACUCUGAAUCAAAUUUUUAACCUGUCCCCUGAGCAGCUAUAGGAUUUGGAAGCUGAAUCAAUGUUAUCAGAUGAGUUAGAAUCCAAACCAGAGCUCCUGGUACAGUUUGUUCAGAAUACAUCCAUCCCAUUGGGACAGGGGCUAGUGGAAUCGGAAGCUAAAGACAUUACUUGCUUGUCCCUCCUUCCGGUGACUGAGGCCUCAGAAUGCAGUCGGCUAAUGUUACCAGAUGAUACGCCAAGUCAUACAAACUCCUCCAAGGAGGUCCCUUCCUCGGCUGUGUUGAGAAGCCUUCAGGUGAAUGUGGGCCCAGACGGAGAAGAGACAAGGGCUCAGACUGUACAGAAGUCCCCGGAGUUUUUGUCCACUCCUGAGUCUCCUAGCUUGUUGCAAGAUCUACAGCCAAGUGAUAGCACUUCUUUUAUUCUUCUUAACCUAACAAGAGCAGGUCUGGGCUCUUCAGCUGAGCACUUAGUAUUUGUACAAGAUGAGGCAGAGGAUUCAGGGAAUGAUUUCCUCUCCAGUGAGAGCACGGACAGUAGUAUUCCAUGGUUCCUCCGGGUGCAGGAAUUGGCUCAUGAUAGUUUGAUUGCUGCUACUCGUGCACAACUGGCAAAGAAUGCAAAAACCAGCAGCAAUGGGGAAAAUGUCCACCUUGGUUCUGGAGAUGGGCAGCCCAAAGAUUCUGGGCCCCUUCCUCAAGUGGAAAAGAAACUCAAAUGUACAGUUGAAGGCUGUGACCGGACAUUUGUGUGGCCAGCUCACUUCAAGUACCAUCUCAAAACUCAUCGAAAUGACCGCUCUUUCAUCUGUCCAGCAGAAGGUUGUGGGAAAAGCUUCUAUGUGUUGCAGAGGCUGAAGGUACACAUGAGAACUCAUAAUGGGGAGAAGCCCUUUAUGUGCCCCGAGUCAAGCUGCGGUAAACAGUUCACUACAGCUGGAAAUCUGAAGAACCACUUGCGCAUCCAUACAGGAGAGAAGCCUUUCCUUUGUGAAGCCCAAGGAUGUGGCCGUUCCUUUGCUGAGUAUUCUAGCCUCCGAAAACAUUUGGUGGUUCACUCAGGAGAGAAGCCCCAUCAGUGUCAAGUCUGUGGGAAGACCUUCUCUCAGAGUGGAAGUAGGAAUGUGCACAUGAGAAAGCAUCAUUUGCAGCUAGGAGCAGCUGGGAGUCAAGAGCAGGAGCAAACUGCUGAGCCACUAAUGGGCAGUAGUUUGCUUGAAGAGGCUUCAGUAACCAGUAAAAACCUGGUGCCUAUGAAUUCCCAGCCCAGCCUUGGUGGAGAGUCCUUGAACCUACCAAAUACCAAUUCUAUCCUAGGAGUUGAUGAUGAGGUGCUUGCUGAAGGAUCCCCACGUCCCCUGUCUUCAGUGCCUGAUGUGACACAUCACUUGGUGACCAUGCAGUCAGGGAGGCAGUCAUAUGAGGUUUCUGUCUUAACUGCCGUAAAUCCACAGGAGUUACUAAACCCAGGAGAUUUAACUGAGAGACGGACAUGAGUGUGGGUGCCGACUCCUGCAAGAGCAGCCCUGAUUCCAGAGUGCACACAGUGGGAACAGGAUGCUUAUGGCUCACGAUCUGCGAGAACCAAAAUGAAUCUGUGAAGGACAGGACCUCGCUUUGGCCUCUGUUCAUCUUUCCUGACAUAGAAGAUGAACGUAGGAGAGCUUCUCUUCAAACUGUAUCUCAUCCAGAAAGGAAGAAAGCAGUGAAUGUGGGCUGGGUAACUGCACCUACCUCUCUUCCCACUACAAAAUUUUGGGAUGGACUUCUCCCAAAAGUGAAUUUGAUUAUGUGUUGGCUGAAAUUUCUUCAGAAUGACUGUUGAGAAGGGGUUUUCCUUUGAAGAAUUUUCAUCCCAGACUCAGCUGUCUUUUCACAUGGAUAAACUAAGUCCUGCCACCAACCAUAAAACUUCACCAAGAAGUUGAGCUUUCAAGAUGCCUUGUUACUUUGGAGAAGGGAGUGAUGUCAAUUCUUUUGUGGCAUCCUCCCUUUAGCAACCUGAGUAAGAGACUCUCUGCCCCUGGGCUGCAAAAAAAAUAAAUUACUUGAAUUCCUACUUGGCCCAGGCUGAGGUACUAUCAAUCCACAUCUACUUGGUCACUUGCUUUCUUUGAUUAUGGAAUAUACAGUUGCAUGUUAAAAGGUUUUUUUGGAUUUUGGGUUUUUUUUUUUUUUUUUUUAAGUUAAAUAUCACAUGAUUCAGAGCUUCAGUUGUUUUCCCUUUAAAUAAACAAGACAGCCCAGUAA